AUGUACAUCCGCCCCUGGGCACGGUUUGAUAAGUUCAGUACGUUUCUCCUGGAGUAUGGUUUCUCGUGUAUCAAAGUUUAUCCUUCUAUGUUUGUGUAUCAUCGUCAAGGGAAAACAAUGGUUCUUUUGCUGUAUGUUGACGAUAUAAUAUUGACAGGAAGUGAUCCGGAGCAGUGCAAGCAUUUGAUGGCAGCUCUCAGUUCUCAGUUUUCUAUGAAGUAUCUUGGCCAUCCACAUUAUUUUCUUGGGAUUCAGGUUGAUACAACUGAGAAUGGUUUGUUUCACAGUCAGAAGAAAUAUACUGAGGAUAUACUGCACACUGCAGGGAUCUAUGACUACAAUCCUAUGCCAACACCGUUACCUCUGCAUAUGUUUCCAAACAAUGCAACAGCUAUGAAACUCUUUCCUCAACCUUCUUAUUUUUGA